ACAGUCAGUGUAUAGCGCAAAAUAAUAAUAAUAAUAGCAGUCUUUUUGCUAUUGUGUUUACGUUACGGAAGGCGCAGUCGUGCACCGUAGUAGUCAGGAAGGGGCGUCCCUCGGUUCCGUUUGGCUACCAGGUUAAUGGACAAAGUGGGCUUUGCAACACCGGCCGAGAUGGGAGGAGGCAUAGGAUGGGGGGGGGCACACAAAUAAAAGCUCGUGUGUGAACGCCGGUGCAACGACAGGGAAGUCAGACACAAAAGAGACGAAGAGGAAGACAGCAGAGAGGAAAAAAAGGAGAAUAAGACGAGCCUCCAACAGGACACCUUAUCUGGUCUUGAGGAGAAGGGGACACCACCAUUGGAGCCACUCUCCUUUCCCUUCCUUGAAUGCCGCAGCCGAGCAUGCCUGUGGUAUCUGCAAACACAGAUCUACACGAGACAUUGGCCCUGCUCACCUCUCAGCUACACCCUGGUGCCAACCAUGAGGAGGACCUGGUCUUCCUCAAAGAUGUCUUCAGUGAGAAGAGCCUCUGCUACCUCAUGAAGAUUCAUGAGAAACUGAAGCAGUACAAAAAGCAGAGCCCCACGCCGGUCCUGCACAACGCCUCCUGGCUGGCGGAGCAUCUAACAGAAGAACUCCAGAACAGGCUUCCCGAGGAGAAGGAGGGGAAAGAGCUGCUGCUUCUCUUGAAUGCCCCUCACAUCAAGGCUAUGCUGUCGACCCACGACACGGUGGCCCAGAAGAAUUUUGACCCGGUGCUGCCUCCCUUGCCAGAGGAUGUGGAGAACGAGCCAGAGGAGGAGUCGGUGAAGAUCGUCCGACUGGUGAAGCACAAGGAGCCUCUGGGUGCGACCAUCAGGCGAGACGAGGCAACCGGCGCAGUCAUCGUGGCGCGGAUCAUGAGGGGAGGAGCGGCCCACCGUAGUGGUCUGGUGCACGUGGGGGACGAGUUGCGGGAGCUCAACGGCAGCCUGAUAAGCCACAAAAGGCCGGAUGAAAUAAGUCACAUUCUGUCCAAGUCGCAAGGCUCCAUCACGUUGAAAAUCAUCCCAGCCGUCAUCGAAGAAGACAAGCUGAAAGAAAGCAGGGUCUACCUACGGGCUUUGUUUGACUACGUGCCCCUUGAGGACCGAGCUACGCCCUGUCAGGAGGCGGGGCUUCCUUUUAAACGCGGCGACAUCCUUCAGGUGGUGAGCCAGGAAGACGCCACUUGGUGGCAGGCCAAGAAAGUGGGCGACUGCAACCUGCGCGCCGCGCUGAUCCCCUCGGCGCGCUUCCAGGAGAGGCGCCUGAGGUACCGUCUGAAGACCGGCUCCUUCCCGUCCAUCGCGGCUACAUUGUUGUUGUCAUUUUGUGUUGCUCUCUGCAGUGAUUGUUGUGUGUCCUUCCUUGCAUUGCCCCUCUCAGACGAGCGACACGACCCAGGUAGGACUUUAGCACGCACGAGCAAUGUACUAAAGUGUAUUCAUUCCGGUUGGCUUGCUCACCCCGUGACUGUGUUGUGCCAAGUACAUGAGACCUCAACCUACCUUCCUCUCGUCCCGUCUCCUCCUCCUCCUCUUCUUCUUUCCACUCGCUCGCUCCUCCCCACAGACGACAGUGACCUUGAGGGAAAAGAUGUUGCUGGCCGGCGCAGAAGUUUCCGUCUCAAGAGAGAGCAGCAGAACUCAUCGGUUGAGCCUUGCACCCCCGACGCCAAUCACAUCGAUUUCCUGAUCUACGAGGAAGUGACGCUUUAUCUGCCUGGCGACAGGCCUCGCCUUGUCGUGCUGCUCGGAUCCCUGGGAAGUCGCAUCGCCGAGCUCAAACAGAAGGUGAUCGCAGACAAUCCCAGACUUUACGGAUUGGCCGUGCCUCACACCACACGACCCAGGAAGAGUCAUGAGCGCGAGGGAGUGGAGUAUCACUUCAUCACCAGAACGUCUUUUGAGGCCGGCAUCCACGAUGGCAAGUUCAUUGAAUACGGCGAGUAUAAGGAGAAUUUAUAUGGCACCAGUUUGGAGUCCAUUCACAGAAUUCUGCUUCAAAAUAAGAUUUGCCUUGUGGACGUGCAGCCUGAGGCAUUGAAGGUUCUUCGCACGCCGGCUUUCAAGCCCUACGUCAUCUUUGUGAGACCUUAUGUCUUGGACAGCGAGAAGAAGUCUCUCAGCUCCUGCUCCUCGCUCGUCAGUGUCGCCGUCACGGAGCAGGACCUGACGGACAUGAGACAGUCGGCAGAGCUGCUAGAGCAGCGCUACGGCCACUGGCUGGAUUACGUGCUGGUAAAGGAGGAUCCGUUCAGUGCCACGGCAGAGCUCCAUGCCGUGCUGGAGCGGGUACGACUGGAACCCCAGUGGGUGCCCGUGUCCUGGCUGAGGACGUCCUAGACCUUAAACCUGAACCUGCUGCCAACACCACCGUGUCAAGAUUUUUCUUCAACUUGCUGCAAGUGCCAAAUAAAUCCACUUUUGUGUUGGUUAACAUGCACAGAGUCCAUUCACAGCGGCAGCUACUUUGCU